UUAACAGUAUCUUUUUCUCUAGGUUUUUUGAGGUCUAAAAAGCAUCAGUUCUUUUGUUGGCCUCAAUUUUAAUAGGUUAAAUCGCACGCACCAAACAUAACACAUAGCUUUUGCUAUUGCUGUGCCGUUGUAUUCUUCUAAUACUUUUACUUAGACUGACCCGAUUCAGAAACUUCAACGAAGCAACCCAACAGACUCUCGCUCGCUCGCUCUCACUCACAAAUUUCAGAGGCAGAGAGAGAGAGAGAGUCAGAGCGAGUCACAAACUCCCUGACUCGGUUCUCUGCGAACAUAAAUAUCCAUUGCCUUCUUCUUCAGCUCAUCUGACUCUACUCAGUCAAAAAUGAGUACAGUCGUGCAGGGUUUCACCAAGUCACUUGCCAUGACUGUGCUCUCUGAGAUCGGCGACAAGACCUUCUUCGCAGCUGCGAUCCUUGCAAUGCGCCAUCCUAGGAGACUUGUUUUGUCUGGUUGCCUAGGAGCUCUGAUUGUGAUGACUAUUCUUUCUGUUCUUGUCGGUUUGGCUGCUCCAAAUCUGCUCUCACGGAAAUGGUCCCAUCACAUAACAACAUUGUUGUUCUUUGGGUUCGGGCUAUGGUCCUUAUGGGAUGCUUUUAAAGAAGAUGGGGAUGAUGAUGAGUUUGCAGAAGUUGAAGCAAAAUUGGAUGCUGAUCUUAAGGCUAAUGCAGGAGCCACCAAAAAGAGUAGUAAGGACGAUGAUGACUUGAAAAAGCAGAAACGUUCGUUUCUCUUGCAGUUCUUCUCACCAAUUUUUUUAAAGGCCUUUUCCAUUACUUUUUUUGGUGAAUGGGGUGACAAGAGCCAGCUAGCUACCAUCGGUCUGGCUGCAGAUGAGAAUCCAUUAGGUGUGGUUCUUGGUGGAAUCUUAGGACAAGCAUUGUGUACCACUGCUGCUGUCCUUGGUGGAAAGAGUUUGGCAUCUCAGAUCUCUGAGAAAAUAGUUGCUUUAUCAGGCGGAGUUCUUUUCAUUGUUUUUGGAAUCCAAUCCUUCCUUUCAACAGUUGAGGCAUGAUAACUAGAGUCUGAUCAACGAUUAGGAUUGAAGGAUGAUUUAAAGAAACUUACAUCUACACACUGUGCAAGGGAUCAUUUACAAGCAUUGCAUCGUCAGUAUUUAUUAGAGGGAUGAGAUCCUCUCAGAUAUGAACGUUAAGAUUCGAAGAGUUAUUGUUUACAAGAUCCACACCAAACCAAUGUUACACUCGGGAAUCAUUGAUGAGAACAUCUCUGCUCAAUCUGUUGCAUGCUACUCCAAUAAAUUUUACAUUAACAUUGAUAUAUCUAUAUUAUAUAAAUAUUCACUCGGAUUAUGUUCUGACCUUACUUUAUAUGAGGAUUAGUUUGGUGUCGACCAAAAAA